UUGGCCUCCCAAAGUGCUGAGAUUAUAAGCGUGAGCCAUAGCACCUGACCCUAUUCAUUACUUUUUCCAUGAUUUUUCCUUGUCAAGAUAAAUGUAAUGCUCCCUUCCUCCAGACAAAGGUGACUUUAAAUUUACUUUAUCGUGAAAUCACAAAAUGUUAAAGGUGUAUUUUGCGUGUAUGUACAUAUACAUACGUACACACACAAACCAUCCUAUCUUAUUCCAGUGAGAGAUUUGAAGCAGUUUACAAAAAUGCAAUAGGAUAAAAACAAAUAAGUUAGUCCUAGAAGGCAAAGCUCUGCAGGGCCUGCCGGAAAUUUAUUCCCCAUGCCUGUCAGUUUCUGUUUCCACAAAGACUCCUUUCUCUGUGAGCACUGAAGAGCAGUAUUAGUAAACUCAACACUGAAACUUUUUCUUUCUCGGCCCAAGCUCCCUCACUAGAGUGGUGGGACGGGGCAGGUAAGAAGAGAACGAAGCCCUUAAAGGUCAAAGCAGUGGAGGGCUGGGGAGUGAUCAGAUCGCACUUCUGCCUUCUAGGCUUGGGAAGAUGGUGCGCAUGCGUUUUAACGCGCACGUUACUGGCACAUGACUCCCGGUCCCUUGUGUUCCGAACUUGGAUCCUAAUGACGCUGAUAAUGGGUUACUAGGCACUCAUAGUUUUGGAUCGUUGGGUGGCCUUGAUGUUAGCAGAAGAAUUCAUCUAAAGGUUGUUUUUGAGGAAGUAGACAAACCUAAAUCUGUGUCUUAACUCCAAAGAAUGUGAACAAGAUGCCUGCUGGUGAACAAGAAUGUGAAUGUAAUGAAGGGAAGUACUACUCUAAAGGAGGUAAACUGUUGAGGAAAGAGAAAAAAAUUCCUGGUUACCUUUGGGGGGACAUUAAGAUCAAUAUCAUAGGUAAAAAGGAUGAUUUACCAAUUCAUUUCUGUGACAAAUGUGAUUUGCCUAUUAAAAUCUAUGGGCGAAUAAUUCCAUGCAAGCAUGCUUUUUGCUAUGACUGUGCUAAUUUAUAUGACAAAAACGGAUGUAAAAUAUGUCCAGGCUGUAGUUAUCCUGUGCGUCGAAUUGAGAAGCAUAAACGAGGUUCUCUCUUCAUGUGUAGUGAUGUUCAGGGAUGCAAGAAAACAUAUUCGUCUCAGAAAAGCUUACAGGCUCAUAUCAUACGCCGCCAUAAGACAGCCGGAAAACAUGAUAGCAGUACUUCACUUGAAAAAGUUCAACCCUGUAUUGCUCCGCCACGAACUGAAAUCUCUGAAAUCCCUAAAAGACUGCAACAUGAGGGCCAUCUAAGCUAUAUUCCACCAGAGCAGCACACCAUGAUGCCACCACCGACUGUGCCACAUAUGCCACACAAGCACUAUAAUCGGUCACAUAAGGAUAUUUGGGCUCCUCCCAAAGAAUUAUCUCCAAGUCCGCCUUUUCCCAUCCAGUGGGAAACCAUUAGUAUUUUUACAAGAAAACAAGGCAAUGUAAUAACUAAGCAUAUUCAGAAGAACUCCAAUUCUGGUGCUAAGAAGCCAUCAUCUCCUGACUAUUCUCUGGAGUAUCAAGGUCAACCAGUGGUAUCAUACCCUAAUCAUAUUAGGCCUCAAAAACAGCAUUAUGCACAACUUCCAUCUCCAUCAUCAACGGUAAACCAUCCAAUGCCAUAUCCUCCUCAGGAUGUAGGUACUUCUAAUUUGAUUUCUAGCCAAGUGCCAGCACUAACCACCACCUAUGAUCCAUCACCUGGGUUUGUUAUUGUCCAGGUGCCACUUUUCAUGAAAUCUCCCCUACCACCUAUUCCCCAGUCUCAAAAUGGGAAUCCAUCUGAAAGUGAAUUCACUUUUCAUCAUUAUAACUCUAACUUUUUACCUCAGUCCACUGAAAAUCAGGAAACUUUGAACCCUCGUCUUACACAAAGAGAUGCAACGGAUCGUAGAUUAUGGCUUGGAUGGAAAGUACUGCCACCUCCACCAAUGUGGGAUCCACCUUCUUCAAACCUACAUGAAUCACAUCAUUCAGACCAGAGAAGAGAGAAACCAUAUUAAGGAUGAUAAUAGUAUUUUCAACUGAAGACCUGAUGAGAAAAGGAAAACAACUUCAAGUUCUAUACUGUAUUGUGGACAAGUGGCUCAGUUCAGCACAGCUGUAGUUUAACAACUUUGUUCCUCUGGUGUGGUAAAUUGACCUAAAGGUGACCUCUGAUCAUUUCCUGGAAUAAAUAUGUAUGGUUACAUUUUCA